AUGUCUAUAUUCUCCCAUCUCCGGAAGAGCCGCCAGCAGGCCAAGGAGCACAAUGCGAAGCUCGCCGAGCAAAAGAAGAAGGACUCUCAGAGGACACCCUACCGACACGUUCCCACCCAUGCCGCCUCCGACGCCAUCUCCUCUGCGCCACCUGCCUGGCGAGAAGUCAACGACAGGCCCCGCAUCGUCGAGCAGAACCGGAGACGCAGCGCUAUGGCUGCUGCCGGCUACUCUAUGAACAUGCCGUCGACCACCACCAUUCCCGCCAUGCCUCGCGUCACCAGCAGCCUCUCCUACGUCUCCUACCCAAGCGGCGAGGCCUCUCCUCACGUCGGCAUGCCCCGCGCCUACAGCUCCAGCAGCGUCCAUCAUCCAUAUGGGGCCAACCGUGAGGUCGUCUACUCCAUGCCCGACGCCACCCUCUCCCAACCUUCGUCCUGGAAGGGUAAAGAGGUCACCAGGAAUUCAUUCUCCGGCUACGACAUCUCCGGGGGCAGCAGUAGCCUUGUGAGCAAAGGUGAGGUCGGCUCGGCUCUCAUGUUCUCUAGAGCAUCCAACAGCUCUCAUGAUGAGCUUGAGAUGGCCUUGGUAUCCCCUACUCGGCCAAAGAUAAAGGCUGUACAGAACCUUCAGGUUCCCCAGCCCCAUCCUAUCCAGCAGCUGCAGACAUAUCACCAGGUCCAGCAUGCCCAACAGACGAAGCAGCUUCAGGCUGCACAGCAAGCUCAGAUUCAGUCCGUCACGCCGCCGCCUCAGCCCGUCCAGCCAGCCGCUGCAGUUCCACAGCCGCAAUCGCCUGUUCCGGAGUCUCCGCGACCGGCCUCCGGCCACGCCCACCGCCUGCACCCGAGCCACCGCCGCACCUCAUCCGAGACAUCCGAUAGAACGGCUGUUCCCGUGAGCACCAAGCCUGCGCCCAGAGACUCCCGGCCGCCGCCCACAUCGAUGAGGGGCUUCAAUUUCAUCGCCACCACGGUAAACAACCAUCAGCCCGCCCUCGGCAGCAAGCCCGCCCAGCCGGAGCUAAACAACGGCGCCCGCCAGAACGCUCCUCAGUACCGCGCCAGUAUAGAUUAUAGCGGCUUUGCGCCCAGGGCUCCUGCGGCCCCAGUCGUGGCGCCGCCAGCCUCACGAAACUCAAGCGAUGUCAACCUCGGAGCCUUCUCGACCCCAAGCCCAAGCCUCAGCUUAUCAGGAGGGCAGGUGACACCCCCAUCUGGCGGCCAGCGGCCGUACCAGAGCCGCAUGAAGGAGCACUCGCCAUCGCCUGCAACUCGGCAACAGCAGCCCGAGAUGGAGCCUAUUGUCUCUAACGGCUACGCGCGACACGCUCGUUCCGAGAUGCCGCCGCCGCUCGCGCACGAGAACUUGGUCAACAUCUUCCCCGAGCCGGUGCCUGAGUCGUACAAUGCAAAGUCUGGCCGUGGCAAGCUCAACAAGGGCAAGAAGACGCGCUGGUCGUUUGCCAAGUCGUCACCCAUCACAGCAUAA